AAAAAACAAAAUACCCGGUCAAACCAUUUUGGGUAGAUAUAGAAUCCAAAACAGUAAAUGUUUUGGUUGGAAUUUGGAUUGCAAAACAGAAUUUUCUUCAAUAAUGAAUUCAUUACUCCCAGAUACUGAUAGUGAAGAUGAAUUGCCACAAGGGUGGGAACAAAAAGUUUCGCUCACCAAUCGUAUUUACUACCUGAACACUAAAACAAAAACUACACAAUGGAACCAUCCGAUUAGUGGCAAACGAAAAGCAGUGAGUGGAAAACUGCCAGAAGGUUGGCAACGAAAAUUCGAUGAUGAUGGAAAUCAUGUUCUCUAUUAUAAUAUUAACAGUGAUCAAUCAACUUAUACUGAUCCUCGAUUAGGAUCGGCAUUCGAGGUUAAGGAUAAUCGAGGCAUUCCGGCUAUGUUGAGAAAUAAAGAAUUAGGACCCAAUAGUACUACCGAAGAUGUUUUGGAAAAUGUCGAUCUUAAUGGAAAAGUUGCUAUUGUAACUGGUGCUAAUUGUGGCAUUGGUUUCGAAACAGCUAAAUCUUUAGCGUUACAUGGUGCACAUGUAAUAAUGGCCUGUCGCGAUUCAUCAAAAGCGCAUCAAGCUAUCAAUAAAAUUCGCUCAUUCAAAGAAGAAGCUAAACUGACUUUUCUCAAAUGUGAUCUAGCUAGCCUAUCAAGUGUCAAGCAAUGCUGCGAUUUAUUUUUGAAAAUGAAUCUGAAAUUAAAUAUUCUUAUAUUGAAUGCAGCAAUUAAUGCAUUGCCUUACCUUUUGACUGAGGAUGGUUUUGAAACAACAUUCCAGGUUAAUCAUCUUGGUCAUUUUUACAUGGUUCGAUUGUUGGAGAAAAAAUUGAUUGAAUCAUCCACAAGGAUUGUCUUUGUUUCAUCUGAAAGUCAUCGAUUUAGUACGUUAAAUAAAGAAAAUAUUGACCAAGAUUGGAGUCCGUCAAAUUUCAUCUCUUUCAUGGCAUAUAAUGAUUCAAAAUUAUGCAAUAUUUUGACCACUCAGUAUUUAAAUAGACGUUUAGGAAAACAAAAUGUGACAGUUUUAAGUUGCCAUCCAGGAAAUCUGGUCAACACAUAUCUUCAACGAUAUUGGUGGCCGUUACGUUUAUUAUAUUUUUUGGUCAGUCCUUUUACAAAAUCUGCAAACCAAGGAGCUGCUACGGUAGUAUUCUGUUCGGUUACUGAUGAAAUCAGCGAUAUUGGUGGCUUAUAUUUCAAUAAUUGCCAAGAAUGUGAACCAUCGUUAAAAGCUCAAGAUUUGGAAUUAGCUGAUUUAUUAGCAGAUAAAAGCAAUCGAAUGAUUGAAUCUGUAAUGAUGAAUUUUUAAACCAAAUGAAAGUAUCGAUAGUACACUAUCGAUAGUAAUAAAUUUUUCUUCUGCACUCCAACAAUU